AUGGAGAAGUCCAGAUUUUUAGAUGGCAGUACACCAUGUGGGUUAAAUACUAACCCUGCAAUGCAAACAAGAGCAGGAGGAGACCAUGCUAUGGACAGCAAGUCUAAAUACACAAACCUUAAAGGCACUGUGCGUCUUAUGGAGGAUAGCUUGAAUAAGAAAGAACAAGAAGCAAGCUGUGCUACCCAUAAGUGUCCAUUUGAGGCGUAUUUAGAAAAGUGCACACGAUCAGAGAAAGAAAAUCUAGAAGUUAAGAAGAAGCUUAAAAAGAUGGAGACCUAUUCAAGAGAAUGCAAAACAGAGCUGCAGAGAUUUGUGAAGAGGUUUAAAGAGUUUAAAAACAUCAACAAAGACCUGGAUACGAAGAACAAACAACUUAUCAUUAAAAACCAGCAAAUGAGGAAAAGAAUUACAGCGGUCUUAAAGCAGAACAGACCUCAAUCUGAAGAUCUGAAGAGACUCCCAUGCCAUGAACACCAGGAGAAGCAAAAACUUAAAGUCUUUGUGCUCCGAGAGAGGGUGAAUAACUUAACAGAACCAGUCAGGAAAUCUCAUGGAAUGAAACAGGAUUCAGAAAUGACCAAAGAGAGAAAGAUCCUAACUCAGCUACAACAGCAAAACCAGACUCAAAGAGAGAGAGUCGACCACAGCGGCCAGGAUAGAGCAGAGAGAGUUCAGGAGGAGCUGGAUGAACUAGUGCAGACUGAGAGGAAUCUACUGUGGCAGGAAGUAAAGAGGCUCCAUAAGGAAUAUAUGCUGAAAGAAAACAACAAAGCUGCCGGUCUCAUGGAAACCCCUGAGAGCCUUGCUUUACAGUCCACCACAGUAAAGCCCACCAGUUCAGCAUCCAGGUAA